GUGGUCUCAGCCGACUGGUACUGCCCUGCUGGCCUGGGGUUGAUCUGAGUUUUAAACAAGCUAGUCCACAUCAAUGGAGCUGAGGAUGUUCAUCAUAAUAACCAUAAAUAUAAUAUGAACGGAUGGUAUACAAACAUUGCACGUAUACACACCAUUACAAUUGAAGUUUUACCAUGAUCCAAAUACGGUAAAAAGCCAAACUUGAUCAACAGAUCAAACUACUGCAUCUAUCACAUGCUCUUGCCUUUUCUAGUUUCAACGUAACAUGCUAGCUAGCUCCAUCUCAUCUCCUUCUACGUACACUUACCGAAGCAGCAGAGCAGAGUGUUGGAGAAAUUUAAGUACGUGAGAAGAUCGAAUAGUGUUGUAGCGCAGCUCCCAUAGGAGUAGAGAGAAAAGAGUUUUACUUAGCUUGAGAGAGAUGGUGGGCUCAGGAGCAUCAGAUAGGAGCAAAGAAGCAGUUGGGAUGAUGGCCCUUCAUGAAGCCCUCAGAAGUGUUUGUCUCAACUCUGCAGACUGGACUUACUCAGUCUUCUGGACCAUUCGUCCUCGCCCGAGAGUUCGCGGUGGGAAUGGUUGCAAGGUUGGAGAUGACAAUGGAAGCUUGAUGUUGAUGUGGGAAGAUGGGUUCUGCAGAGGGAGAGUUGGAGAUUGUUUGGAAGAGAUGCAGGAUGGGGAGGACCCAGUGAGAAAGGCCUUCAGCAAGAUGUCCAUUCAGUUGUAUAAUUAUGGAGAAGGGUUGAUGGGGAAAGUUGCAUCUGAUAAGUGUCAUAAAUGGGUUUUCAAGGAGCCUACAGAAUGUGAACCAAACAUAUCCAACUACUGGCAGAGUUCAUUUGAUGCCCUUCCCCAAGAGUGGACAGAUCAGUUCGAGUCAGGCAUCCAGACUAUUGCUGUAAUUCAAGCUGGACAUGGCCUAUUGCAAUUGGGGUCUUGCAAGAUUAUACCAGAAGAUCUCCAUUUUGUGCUGAGAAUGAGACAUACUUUUGAGUCUCUUGGCUAUCAGUCUGGCUUCUAUCUCUCCCAGCUGUUUUCUUCAACCCGGAGCACUUCACCCUCCUCCUCCACACUUCCUCUGAAGCAACCUUCCAUUUCAAUAAUCCGCCCCCCUCCCUUCAACUGGGGUCCCAGUCCCAGUCCCAGGCCUAUGCCUUCCCCACCUGCAGUCUUAACUUCUCCAAACUAUCACAACUCCUCGGUGAGGCUUGGAAUUCCGGCAUCCAAAGAUGAAUCCCACGCGUUUCGAAUGGAAGAAAUUAUGGGAGAUCAUCACGAAGGUGCUGAUAUAAAAUGGCCUAACGGGUUGAGUUUCUUCAAUGCUCUCACGGGUAGGGCUGAUGAUUCCAGGCUUUUAUUUAAUCCGGAUAGCAUGGGGAACAAGAUGGACCAAAACCAUCACACUCUCAACCUUGAAAUAAACACUUCAAAUCCAAAUUCAGAUAAUGCUUCAAGUUUGCACACCAAUAAUGGGGAGGCGGCUAAUCCUAACGAAUUCUUGAGCUUGGACAGCCACCACCACCCAGAUAGCUUUCAGAAGAUGGAAAGCAAGUUCAAGAGGAGCUUUACGCUGCCUGCUAGAAUGGUAUCAUCGUCUUCAACAACUUCACUAGAGCAGCAUCAAAACAAUCCCGGGGAAUUUAGAAACGAAGCAGGAAUGUGCUCCUCCGAUGUAAUGGAAACUUUCUUAGAAUGAUGAUAUAUAUGUUUAAUCAGCAGGGGUUGGAUUGAGCAGAGUGGGUUAAGGGUGAAUUGAAAGACACGUAUUUGUUGGAUUCAUGCUCUUAAAUCCUUGUUCAUUAUCAUUAUCAUAGGAAAAAUUUUCAACAGUAUUUAGGGAA